AUGCUUCAAUCUCUUUUGGAUUUACAAGAAGCACUUAUACUCAGCAACCUUGGCUUUGCUUCCCAAGUCCUGGGAGACCAAGUUAAACAACAAUCUCCAAAAAUGGGGUGCAUAUACUCAAAGACGAUUGCUCGGUCGAUGAGAAUUAGAGAGGAACUAAGUAACCAUGGCUUCCAAAGCUCGGCAGUAGCUUGGGAACACAGACCAGCUCUAUGCCUUAGUUUGCUCAGCAACACAGAGGGCAGGCAAAUUUAUUCUGCUGAUACGUACGUGACUCCCAAAUUUGGAAGUAAUAAUGGAAGAGUGCAUUUUAGAGUGGAAGAAAGAGAUGGUGAAGAUAAUUUGGUUUUCAGUCGAGAACUGUUGGCUGCAAUUGAGGAUUGCAUGGCAGAUGAAUGA